AUGCGUUUCUCUACCCUCUUUACUUUCACGAGUCUAUUGGCCUUGUCAGUUGCCAUGCCCACUCAGCCAUUGACUGGUAGAACUGAAGCUAUGGAUUCCAACAUCCCAACCAAGCGCCAGUACAAUGCUGGCAAUAGUCGUCCCCUAGCAGCGGAUGUUGACAACAUCCCGACUAAGCGCCAGUAUAGCGCUGGAAACAGUCGUCCGUUAGCAGCGGACGCUGACAACAUUCCAACCAAGCGUCAGUACAGUGCCGGCAACAGCCGUCCUCUAGCAGCGGACGCGGACAACAUCCCAACUAGUUAG